AUGACACGAAAAAUUAAGAAUGAUCGAAAAUUAGCAGAUAGUAGUUCUGCUCCAGAGAUACAAAAACAGAAGAAGUCCAUUGCAACUCCAAAGUUAGGGGUUGAUCUUUUCAAUCAAAUUCUUAUUAGCAGUGGAAUUGAUGCAAUCCAAAAGUUUAAUCAGAUCUUCAAAGGGAAGAGCGUUGUGGAGCCAUCAAAUGAUAACACAGACCAGAUGGAUGUUGAUGCCCUGUCAAUUCACUUCUCAGAGAUAAUACUUAUGGACAUCCUUAGCCGGUUACCUGUGCAGUCUCUACUUCGAUUCAAAUGUGUAUCGAAAUAUUGGGAAACGUUGAUCUCCGAGCCUUACUUUAAGAAGAAGCAUCUCAAUCGUGCCAAAAAUGACCAAGAUUCCCAGAAACUUCUUACUAUCCAAAUGUGCAGUAAGAAUCGUAUAUUUUCCAUGUAUUGUUGUCCUUUGUUGCCAGUUCAGCUGGUUGAGGAUGUACAAAAACUCAAUUUCCCUUCAAACCCUACACCAUGGCACUGCAGAAUCCAUUGUUGUUAUGAUGGCCUGGCUGUUAUGGAGGUUCGUGAUAAUUUUAAAGAUAAACACUCCACACUUUUGCUUUGGAACCCCUCCACAAGAGAAUCAAUAGUACUUCCUUCUCCGGAGUUUCCACGGGGGAGCCUUACUUGUUUUGGUUUGGGUUAUGACUCAACCAGUGGUGGGUAUAAGAUCUUUCAGCAUUAUCAGGGUUGCUCUUUUCCUGGUGAAAUUCUCGCGCUGAAAGGUGGCUCCUGGAGAAGAAUUGAUGAGCAUCCUCGUGGCAUUGACAACUGGUUCGUUUGCAGGCAGUUUUUGGCAUUUGUACAUGCGGCAUUUCAUUGGAUCGCUUACUCACGAAAUCAUGCUGUGGUGGUGUCGUUUAGUAUUUCAAAUGAAGUGUAUGGAGAGAUACCCUUUCCGGAGGAAAUGUCAGCCUUGACUGCGCUUAUUGGCGCUACAGUGUUGGAAGGAAUGCUUUGUGUUCAUUCUAAUUCUAUUUAUCCGGGUAAGCGUACUAUUAAGUUAUGGGUAUUGAAAGAGUAUGGUAUCAAGGAAUCUUGGAUUCCAUUCUUAUCUGUAGAAGAUCCUACGGGUGCUAUUUCUAUACCGAAAUAUAGGUUUGCAGAUGGUGAAAUGCUAUUCUGGUGCAAUGAAGGGGUUAUGUUUAGGACACGCUGUGGACCAUUUGGAGCAUGGCCUCGAUGUGAUACCAUAUUUGAUGGGCAUGCUUUUAGAGAACGCUUGAUUUCUCCAACACGUUGUGGACCAUUUGGAGCAUGGCCUUCAUGUGAUUCCAUAUGUGAUGGACAUGCUUUUACAGAAAGCUUAAUUUCUCCAAGAUCACUUACUUAUUAGUUUCUUAUGUAUGAUUGAGACACUCUUUUUUCUUCUUUUCUUGUUAUGUUACAACUCUCGUAUUCUUCUUAGUUUAUCACCAGUUUUUGGAGUACAA